AUGGCAAGCCAGUACGACGAGAUCGGGCUCGCCUACGAGUCCAUGAAGCGCUUCCCAGCAGCGGUCCUGGAGCGGAUUACCUUCCAGUCAGUGAUUACUCCACUGCUGUCCACACACAAGGACGUCAAGGUCCUCGAUCUGGCGUGCGGCACAGGCUACUACACGCGGCUGUUGCGAGAAUGGGGCAGCGCCAGCGUCUCCUCGAUCCUGGGGAUCGACAUCUCCGCGGUGAUGAUCGAGGCCGCGCGAGAGGGCGCCGAAUCGCCAUUACCAUCGCCGUCAUCGUCUCCGGCAGGGAUACUGGCACACAUCAGCUUCCAGGUCGGAGAUUGCACCCAACCACUUCAUCUACCAAGCACGCCAUUCGAUGUGGUAACAGGCGCCUGGCUACUCAACUACGCCUCCUCCCGUGCCGAAAUGACAGCGAUGUGGCGCAACAUCUCCUGCAGCCUGCGCGACGAGACCGGCGUCUUCGUCGGCAUCACGCCGUACCCAGCGCGCGAUCUUGACGCCUUUGCCGCCUCCUUCUCGCCCGCUGCGAACCCGGCCGCCGCGCUCGACCGCGAGAAAUACGGCGUCGGCGUCGAAUACACGGCGAAACUGGCCUCUGGAGACGGGUAUGCCACCAAAGUCACGGCGUACACCAGCCCAGCGGAGAUUUCGUUUGAGAAUUUCCAUCUCGGGAGAGAUGUGUAUGAGGCGUGCGCGAGGGAGGCCGGGAUGCUGGGAGAGUUGAAGUGGAUCGAGCCUGAGGUCCCGCCGCGGACGGAGGAGGAGAGCCGCGAGGUGUAUGGUGUUGAGCGGGCUUGGUGGGACGAGUAUAAGCAGAGGACGCACUUUGGGAUUUUGCUCGUUAGGAAGUCUUGA